UGCAAACCUGUACCAGUCGGACAAAAUCCUCCGUGUACUUAAGAUGCCCUAUGAGAAGAUAGAUGCCUAUGAGAAAGGAUGUGCCUUAUUUAGGCUUGAGUAUGCGGACUUGAAGUAUUGUCCCGUUUGCCAGUCUUCCAGGUAUGCUGUGGUAGACAACGGUAUGGGUGAGAAGAGUCAGACAAAAAUUCCAGUUAAUGUUCUUCGGUAUAUGCCAAUCAUACCAAGACUACUUCGCCUCGAUUGGUAUUAGGAUGUCCAAGUCGAAGUGCCGCACAAAGUAUCUGAGUAAGGAGAAGUACAUGAAGGUGCCCCCGAGAUGGUGUGCGGAUAGGCUGGAUUGUUGGGAGGCGUUGGUGGAUGAGUGGUGCUCUCCCCAAUGGCUAUCCACCCACAACAAUGCAAAGGAUCGGCGUGGCAAAAUGAGCGGUGUGCCACACCAUCAAGACAGCGUCAACCUAUAUCAGUACGGGGAUAACUGGGCGCGGCACAACAAGGCGGAUGUUCCAGAGUUGUUCGACCUCUAUGCCAUGGCCCAUAGUGCCCCGUAUAAGAAGGCCAAGGCAUUCUCUGAGUCUGAUCUCGAUGAUCCAAAGAACUUCACCAACCACGCCUACCACAACAAGCUCGUGAGGUACAGAGACGAGGGGAAGUCCAUGUGCGAGAAGAAUGGUCAGACCCCUCCGCUGAUGCCAGUCAUUGCUCCGGCAGACACGCAUAACUCCCGACAAGCAUCGACGUCUGCCAUUGGCGCGAGCAAGAACCCCGAUCCUCCUCCGUCUGCCACUACCGCGAGCAAGAACCCCGAUCCUUCACCUUACGGGUUGAUGAUUUGCUUCAGAUCACGGAAGCUUGGGUUGAUGGAGUGCUUGUCUUUAGUUUUUGUUUUGACUUUGUGA